AGUUCGAGCAACAACAAUGGAUUUUCCUCCAGAAAUCGACGAUUACAUCAAGGAAUCCAUCGAUCACUGCUUAGGCCUCCCCGUGUCUUCGCGAACCCUCCACAUCAAGCUCCUCGCUUCCCACGAGUCACAGCGUCAACUCCGCGACCAGCACCUUUCCCUUCUCGCGAAGUUGAAGGCGAAAGACGAACUCAUCGAACGCGCUAGGUUUGAAGCGAACAUGAACGCGCAAGCAGUGAAGAGGUUCGUUGAGGAGAAUCAGAAGUUGGCUUCGGAGUGUGAGAGUUUAGUGACGCAGUGCCAGAAAUUGGAAAGGGAAUGCGCGCUCUACGAUCACGAUAGGGAAGCGUUGAUGGAGUUUGGGAACGAAGCUGAUGAACGGGCGCAAGAGGCUCACGCGCGUGCCCUCGAGUUGGAACGCGAUUUGGGCUUGUUGGAGCAAGAGUUGAAGAAAUACAAGCAGGGGAACGAAUCGGUUGAUUCUUCUUCUGCAAGUACACUUGGUGAAGAGGAUUUGCUUGAGUCCCUUUUGGCAACAGUUGCUAGUAAAGAUGAGUCUUCUACAUAUGCAUUCUUGAAUGCAAAUAGUGAAAAUGAGUAUUGUAAGAAGUUGCUGACAAUGUGGAACUGCUUGGAGCCAUCAACACGGAGAGUUUUGUCUCUCGUUGCUGAAGUCAAGACUCUAGAAAAUGAUAAAGAACAUCUAAGGAUUAACCUUGACAGAGCUGAAGAGGAGGUCAAAUUAUUGUUUGACGAAAAUAGCAUGUUGGAUGAGGAGAAUAAAAGAUUAGCGAAGCGAUGCAAGGAAAGGAACCAUACCGGUUCUGGUGGGAAACUUACCGGCAGUACAUCUGCCAAGUCAAACAAGAGAAAGUCUAGUCCCAAGACAAAUAGCCCGAUGGCGAGGAAGAUCGAUUUUGAUGAAAUAGAUUCCGCAAGACAACCUUUGUCUCCUUUGCGAAAUAACUCUCCCGAUUGCCGCAUGUAUAAGAAAUAAAGUGGCUAUGUCAUUUAACAGGCCUGGUAAUUUCUUCACUGCAAAGUUAUGAUAGUGUUUCAGAUUUACUUGCUAGUCUAAUCUUUGCUUGUAAGAAUUGCUAUGGAUCAUUCUCAGUGGAAGGGGCGCAAUUUCUUCGAUUGAACUCAUAACAUGUAAAUUUCUCAUUACUAGUCUAAUCGUUUAACGCUUAUG